UUGUUCUGCAUCCAGCUUUUUUUUUUUUUUUAACGCGCCGCUCUUUUUUCGCCUCUUCCUACUUUUGUGCGGAUGCUUGAAGAAGAUGCGCGUCCACAUCACGGAGCGGUUGUUUACAUUCUCCUGAAUCCCAUCCCUAAACCCAAGUUAAUCCUGUUUCUGCGUGUCUGUUGUUUCUGAGUGACGAUGACUGUCGCACUUUGCUCCAUCCCCGGCGGCGUCGCGUCGCUUAAGCUUGUUUUGCUGUGCUUCUGGUUACCGUGGAUGGCUGAUGCUCUUCCGGACUCCGCGAGUUUCUCACCACCUGUCAAUGUGUCGGGCUUCGCACCUGUAUGGAAGACCGGCGGGUUCGUGCGCGCCAUCGACCGGCUGUAUCACGGAGGCGGGAGAGUGGGCUACCUGCUCUAUUUAAAUGAUCAGAGGUUUCAGCUCGACCUGGAGCGGGACGAAUCCGUCCUGUCGCCUCAUUUUGGUUCUCCAUACAGUGCGACUCUACGGGAAGCGGGAUUUUUGCUGCGCGGCUGCUUAUAUCGCGGAACCGUGAACUCCAAACCGGAAUCGUUGGCUGUGUUUAACUUGUGCACGGGAGGACUGAAUGGAUUUUUCGCUGUGAACCAUGACCGCUACAGAAUCUUCACACACGCCAUAGAUAAUGAGAAUGACGCAGAGCGCACGCGCCACUACUUUACCUGGGACAGCUUUAGUUUCGAGGCCGUGACGGAACACGAAAGCUGCGGAACGCGCGAGCGGAGACGGCGUGAUGGCGGUGCGCGGAUGCGCCAGAGGACCGGUAAAGAAAAGGGGGAGUUAAGGCGUGACGAUUACGACGUCCACGAUAGAAGGUUUUGGGUGAAUUUUGCGCAAACGCAAAAUGCAAAGAUGCGCCGCAAACGAUCGGUGUCACGCGCGCGGCAUGUGGAGCUUCUCCUAGUGGCAGACGCAUCAAUGGCUAAGAAGUACGGCAGCGAUUUACAACACUACCUGCUGACGCUGGCGUCUAUCGCGUCGCGGCUAUACGGUCACGCCAGUAUCGAGAACCCUAUCCGUUUAUCCGUGGUGAAGGUCACGGUGUUGGCGGAGAACGAGAAAGGUCUCGAUGUGUCCAAGAACGCUGCUGCAACUCUCAAGAGCUUCUGCAAGUGGCAGAACCAACAGAACCCACUGGGCGAUGACCAUCAUCAUCAUCACGACGCAGCCAUUCUCUUCACCAGGCAGGACCUGUGCGGACAUCACUCGUGUGAUACACUGGGCAUGGCGGAUGUGGGCACAGUGUGUUCUCCAGAGAGGAGCUGUGCUGUGAUAGAAGAUGAUGGCCUGCAUGCUGCCUUCACUGUCGCACAUGAAAUUGGGCAUCUUCUUGGCUUGUCUCACGAUGACUCAAAGUUCUGUGAGGAGAGGUUUGGAUCCACCGAAGACAAGAGGCUCAUGUCUUCGAUCCUGACCUCCAUCGACGCCUCCAAACCCUGGAGCCGCUGCACCUCGGCCACCAUCACUGACUUCUUUGACGAUGGAAACGCGGAGUGUUUGCUGGACAUGCCACAUAAUCCUUUGCUUGGUCCUGAAGAACUUCCUGGUCAGAGCUACGAUGCAGUGCGACAGUGCCAGCUAGCCUUCGGACCUGAGUAUACGGUGUGCCCAGGCAUGGACGUGUGUGCUCGUCUUUGGUGCUCGGUAAUCAGGAAGGGCCAGAUGGUGUGUCUGACCAAGAAGCUGCCAGCAGCAGAGGGAACACAGUGUGGCAAGGGCAGGAUCUGCCUGCAUGGGAAGUGUGUGGACAAGACACGCAAGAGGAACUACUCGACCUCUAACCAUGGUAGCUGGAGCUCCUGGGGGUCGUGGGGCGCAUGCUCUCGAACCUGCGGAGGCGGAGUCCAGUUCACACAGCGCCUGUGCAACAACCCCCCUCCUCGCAACAAUGGGCGCUACUGCACAGGAAAGAGAGCCAUCUACAGGUCCUGUAACGUCACUCCAUGCCCCACUCGUAAUAAGAAUUUUAGACAGGAACAGUGUGAGGCGAGGAACGGGCCUCAGACAGACCCUAAAGGAGUGAAGACCUUUGUCGAGUGGGUGCCCAAGUAUGCUAGUGUGCUGCCAAAGGACAUGUGCAAGUUAACCUGUAGGGCCAAAGGCACAGGCUACUAUGUAGUGUUCUCGCAAAGGGUGAUAGAUGGGACAGAGUGUAGGCCAUACAGCAGCUCAGUGUGUGUGAAAGGGAAGUGUGUGCGCACAGGCUGCGAUGGAAUAAUAGGCUCCAAGCUGCAUUAUGACAAAUGCGGCAUCUGUGGUGGUAACGGCACAGGCUGCGUAAGAGUGGCUGGCAACUUCACCAGAAGGAGUAAGGGAUAUACAGAUGUUGUGAAGAUCCCAGAGGGCUCAACUCACAUCAAGGUCCGUCAGUACAAACCAAAAGGUCAGGCUCACUUUUCUGCCUACCUAGCCCUUCGUCGACCGAGUGGAGAGUACCUUAUCAAUGGAAAGUUCAUGAUCUCCACUUCAGAGACAGUAAUCCCUCUGAAUGGCACCAUGCUUAAUUACAGUGGCUGGAGCCAACAUGAUGAGGCUCUUCACACCACAGGUCCUGGGGCUCUCCAAGAGAGCCUUGUAGUGCAAGUGCUAGCAACUGACCCAAAGAAGCCUCUAGACAUACGUUACAGUUUCUUUGUGCGUAGAAAAACACCACUUCCCCCUCGGACAUCCUUGGUGUUUUCUGCCACACCUGCAGCAUUGUUCUCUGACGAGGUCUUAACCAUGACCACGAAGAUUGUGCCCACACAAGUACCGCCAUCGACGACCCCACCUGGGCCACGGUGGGUGACAGGAUCAUGGAUGACCUGUUCCAGGACUUGUGACACAGGCUGGCAAAGUCGUACAGUCCAGUGCAAGGACCCGCAGGGAAAACUAGCUAAGGGAUGUCCUCUAGGGGACAGACCUUCUGCAUUUAAACACUGUCUGGCUAAAAAGUGCUGACAACUUCUUGAAAUGUAAUUGGGAAUACUUGUGAACACAGAGGAGUACUUCUUCUUCUUACGGGUCUCAAGAUGAGAGAUACAGACAAACUGGAGCACAUAGUGUCUUACAGAGCAGAACACUUCAAAAGUUCAAAAUGCUCUUUCAUGCCUGAACUUCGUCACUGUGGAACUGAAUUUUUCUUGCAUUAUGACCAUGGACAAGGAUUGCCUGCAUUGGCCUCUAAUGCAGUCACUUCAUCUGCUGCCUGGAAUCACUGAAGAGUCAACAGUAUGUAGCCACUCAUCUCAUGCCAACCACAAUCCGUUUGACUAGCAGUUCCUCUAUGGGGUUCAGUCCAUUUCAGCUCAUUAACUUCAUCAAAAAACAACUGCAGCUUAGAGAAGUCAGUAGAAAUGAAUCAUGAGUUCAUCAUAAAGAACUGCAAGUGAACGGAGUCUAAGCAAUUUAUGCAUGAUUGGACUGUAUUAAAAGACUACUCUGGCUUUGGACUGACUGGAAACUUUUGGAAACAUGCCCAAAGGAUUCUGGACGUACACCAUGUUCCAGUACAUUCUCACUUACUUAAUGUACGUACAACCAUAUUUGAAAAACUAUAAGAGCACUCUGUCACAUUUAUUACAGUGUGAGCUCAUCUGUCGUAAUUGCUAAUUCUUUGGUAAAUGGACGCCAAUGUUUUUUUUUGUUUGUUUGUUUGUUUGUUUGUUUGUUGGUUUUUUUUCAUGCCCUUGAUUCCUGCUGAAAAAGGAACGGACUGGUAUACUUUACUGAAACACGUGUUAAUUCAACACAGUUUCCAUUAGAAGAUGCAUAUAUAUUUACAGCAAUAAUGGUGGACGUGUAUGAUGUUAAAAAGCAUGCAUUCAUACUAAACAGGCAAAAUCAUUUCUUACACCGUUUCUUAGACAUGUUGUGUCUGUGUUCACAAAACACUUACGAUACACAAAAAUACACUCUAAAUAUAAUCAAGUCAAGUCAAGAAGAUUUUAUUGUUAUUUCAAUCAUAUGUAGCUGAGGCAGUACAUAGUAAAAUGAGACAACGUUUCUCCUGGACCAUGGUGCUACAUACAGUAAAACAACACAGAGAUACUGUAAGGACUUAAAGUGAGUUGUCCUAGCUACAUAAAGUGCAUCGUGUGAAACCUGGUGCAAACCGUACAAGACAAAAGACCGUGCAAACAAACAAUACAUGAUGCUUCAGGACAAAUACACAAAAUAGCACCUAUCAGUGUGCAUAGUGUAUAUUAUACAGAAUGUUGUGCAAAAAUAUAGAAAUCUGAACAAAGUGGGUUUUAGUAAACACAUAUGCACUUGUGUAAUAGCAGCAGUUGGACAAAUAGUAAAUAAAACUUUAUGGAAAAAUUGCAAAUAGUUCGUUAAACCAGUCAAAUUAAUAGUCAACUUUAUACACACAGGUGACAAAGAAAACCAACAACAAAUUAAGGUGUUGGGCGUCAACAAACCUCCUGAAUUGCUGUAGGUCCUCCAUCAGGUUCAUUUAUGGUGACGAUGAAGGCCAUAUCAUGUAAAACAUUCAGUAAACCAUUCAGUUAGAUCUCAUGUCCUGUGGAUGAGGGGAACAUCUGUCAAAUAUUUCAUCAUAGGAUAAAUUUGAUAAGUCAGUUAAAAGCUUUGUAUGGAUUUGCAGUGGUCACAAUCGCUUCCAGAGCAACUGGAUAAGAGAGUCGUAUUUUCCUUUACUCUGUCACACAGAGUAAUUCUGUAUUUUUCACCCAGUAAAAAAGGGAAGAAAAUCAUUCUGAAUAAAAUAUCUGUUUGUUAAGCGUUCAUGAAAACAAUCAUGGAUACAAAUGUAAUAGCAGAUGAAUACCAGCAUUAGCAUUCUUUUCUCUUCGUACUGCCUGAUAGAAAUACACACAGAUUUAAUACUGAAUAUUAGGCAAUUAUCUUUAAAGCAUACUAGACUAACGCCAAGUCAUAAUCUCUAAUUAGACAAUAGUUUAAACUAAGCUAACAAUUUGCUUGGUGGUUUUUAACUGAAACUGGCAUGUUAGCAACAGUUUUCCAGUGUAAACAUGCUUGCCUUGUCAUUGGGAGAUUAGGGUUUUAAACCUGAUGGUGCCUUUGUAUUCCUUUAGCCUUGAAUAUUAUGCUUAUUAUUCAAAGGUUAAAGAAAAUCAUGUUAAUGUGGAAUCUUGUCGAGAUGAUCUGACAACAACACAGUUCAUUUGUGGAUACUUAAAUAGAUCACUGCAUAUUGUAAGCAUGUAACAUUUACUUUAUGUUAGUGUUGGUUUUAUGGUUUCCAAUGCAUUCAUAUUAAGAACAUAUGUCAUGCCAGACGCUCAUCCAGUCAAGCGUAAACUUUAGGCUUCUAGCUCUGUUUUUUUAUAUAUGCAGUCUGAUCAUCGUCAUGGGGAAAUGAAUUUGCUGAAUGACAAAAACACAGCACUGAAAUCAUAAUUUAUUGUGUGUGUAUCUGGUAUGUAAAAAAAAUAACUUGAUGAAUUUAUUUAUUGUUUUUUUUUUUGUAUUUGACUAGGAAUAUGAAUAUAUGACUAAGCAGAGUAUUUCUUUUUCAAGAAUGUUUUUUGUUGCUUGUUUUCAAGUCCUCUUUAGAAUAUGUAUAUAAAAUCUAUAUGUUUCAUUUGUCCUUUCUCGGCUUUUUAAAAUUCCCUUUAUCUUGCACAAUCAUAUUCUAUAAAGAAUCACAUUUGUAUGAUGUUGCACAAUGUAGGAAUGCAGUAGAGAGUAUAUUUUUGAAAAAGACAAUACCAGUUAUUUUCUUCUAUCAAAUCGAUGUGAUGUGACAGAGUCUCAUAACAAGUAUUUUCUUACUUUGCUGGUCAACAUCAGUCAGCUUCAUUCCACUCAACAAAAAAUAUGCUCUGGAUGUAGACGCCCCUGUUGAUCUCAGCCAGCUGGAAUUUAUAACUAUUUAUGUGUCUGUAAUUACAUCCACAUUUCACACAAUUUAAGCCAGCUGAGACAACUGAACUACAAUAAAGAGUAAAUCCA